AUGGCACCCAAGGCUAAGAAGUCGUCCCAGGACAACAUCAACACCAAGCUCCAGCUUGUUAUCAAGUCUGGUAAGGUCGCCCUCGGCCUUAAGAGCGCUCUUAAGAACAUGCGCUCUGGCAAGGCUAAGCUGGUGCUCAUCUCGGCCAACACGCCCCCUCUGCGCAAGUCCGAGAUCGAGUACUACGCCAUGCUUUCCAAGACUGCCGUCCACCACUACCAGGGCACCAACGUUGCCCUCGGUACUGCUGCCGGUAAGCUCUUCCGCGUCGGUGUCAUGACCAUCCUUGACGCUGGUGACUCGGACCUGCUCUCCACCGUUGCUGCCUAA